AUGGAGGAUUUGGACGAGCUGCUUUUGUUGAAGGUGCUGAGCUUCUGCGGCUUAGCGUCCCUGGCGGCCUGGGAGCCGGUGCGACGCUCGGGCGUCCCACCGAGCUCCGAGUACACGCAUGUUUGGCUGGGACUGCUGCGGAGGUGCGCAGAGGUCGACGAGGUGAACGAUUUGCCUCGCAUCAAGCGUGCCUUUGCGAGCCUGAGUGUAUCUCAGCCCUCCAGUGGAGGAUGGAAGGCCAUGCUUUUGUCCGAACUGGAGACCUCUUCGCUGAUGGCUCAACGUCUUCAUGGUGACUUGGUUGAGCGCCCACUGCUCGAUGCCGAUGGGCGAUGCAUCGCGAGGGUUCAACGCUUGGGAUUGACUCACUUCGAUGUGACGGGCUGCUUUGAGAGCUCUGACUGGGACGUGUUCCUCUCUGCUCUGGACGACCCAGGUCUUGCUGCACCGAAAGCUGUUUACUCGGACACCCUGCAGGAGUGA